AUAAUGUCCCGACCCCAAAAACGAAGUGAAUCCGCUCGAAAUUGUGUAAGAGAAAAAAAGAAGAUAACAAAAAUAUUAGACAGAUAGAAAAGAAAGAGGAAGAUGAUUAAGAUGAUAAAUCAGAUGGUUAACAAGUGAGAGAGAAAGAGAGAAGCGAAAAAAAAGUUCUAAACAAAGUUUUCUUACCUCAAACUUACCUUGUUUUCACAUUUUCCAUUUCGUUACAAGAGUUUGCAUCGUUUCGUUGUAACGUUUUCAUCCAUUAACGAUCAUUUCUGAUCAUCUCUUUUCUCUUGAUUGUUCAAAUUGUGAUUAACCUCAUCACUUAAUCAUCAUGUUAAUCAACUGAUUUCAAUUUUCUCCAAUCGUUACCAUGGAUAAUAUUUUUCUCUCGUUUUCUUAUUGAGUUUUCUGUGAACUUUAAUUGUGAUUUAAUUUUUUACUUUUUCGAUAAUAACUUUUUUUUUUAAAUUUUCUCUUUGUGGUGAAUUAAAUUGUUACAAUCAACAAAAUGGAUUAUAUCAGUUGUACAAUUAAAUCACCUUCGUAUCGAUACAAUCAAGGGAAAUCAAAGAUUGGCUUAUUGUGGAUACUUAAAUCAUGGUUAUGUUUAAUUGUUUUGAUUAAUUAUUUAAUUGUUCCAAUUGUUCAAAGUCAACGACACAAAGGACGUAAUUUCAAUGGAGCAGCUCUAUCAGCUUUAAUUGAUAUUUCAAAGGGUUACACAAUUAACUCAUCUCCACCAUUGGAUGGAUCAUCAUUAAGUUCAACAAUUAACAGUGAUUUACGUCGCAAUCAAGCAUUAAAGGAAAUACCUUCACCUUCAUUGGGUUUAAAUGAUGUCGUUAAUCAAGCUGAUCAAAUUGUUAGGAAACGACUUGAAGAUAUUGAACCAAAUAUAUUGUCGAGUGGAGCCAUUCAAACGCCUGGAUCACAAGGAUGGUUUCUUGCUGCUGCUUCUCGGACCAAAAUUGUUGCCAAAAAUUUCUCUCGUCCAGCUUUAAUUGCAGAAGAAUCAUCAAAAAUAAUCGCCAACAGUCUUAAGCUAUCUCGUAAUGAUAUUAUUACCAAUUUAGGGUCGACCGAUUUAAGAGGAACUCUACUUGAAAAUGAGUGUCCUCGAAAGGUUAACCUUUUACCUUGUCAUCCUGGUAAAUAUCGCUCAUUUUCGGGUCAUUGUAAUAAUGUUCAACAUCCUUAUUGGGGUAAUUCGGUAACAUCUUAUGUAAGGUAUUUUCCUUCCCAAUAUGCUGAUUCUAUUUCAUCUCCUCGAGCUUCAGUUACCGGUGGUGAACUCCCAUCGGCUCGUGAUGUCUCCAUUAGGGUUCACCAAGGUUCUGAGGUUGAACAUCCUCAUAUUACUACAUUACUUGCCUUUUUUGGAGAAUUUAUUUUCCAUGAUCUCUAUCACACCGCUCAAAUGGUUGGUCAUCGUGGUCAUCGUAUCAAAUGUUGUGGCCUCAAAUCAAAUCUAAUCCACCCUGAAUGUUUACCAAUAAGAAUUCAAAGAGACGAUCCAAUGUACAUAGAAAUGAAACAAACUUGUAUUGAUUAUGUACGAUCAUGUCCAGGUAUCAGAUUAGGUUGUACCCUUGGACCCAGAGAACAAGUUAAUCAGGUCACAUCCUUUUUAGAUGGAUCAACAAUCUAUGGAUCAUCGGAAGAGGAAUCUCACCUUAUUCGAAGCUUCAAAGAUGGUCAACUUAAAUCUCAAUUGGUCCAAGGUAAAAAUGGAGUUAAACGUGAACUAUUACCCGCUAUGGACGGAGCCCAAGAUUGUCGUGGUUCGAUGAGCCAUGUACCCGGUAAAGGUUGUUUCUAUGCUGGUGAUAUUCGGGUCAAUGAGAAUGUUGGUCUAACCUUGAUGCACACUUUAUGGUUACGUGAACAUAAUCGAAUCGCCCGUAAAUUGGCUUCUCUUAAUCCUCAUUACAAUGAUGAGAAAUUAUUCCAAGAAUCUCGAGCAAUUGUUGCCGGUCAAAUUCAACACAUUGUUUACACUGAACUUGUUCCAGCUCUUCUUGGUUCCGAAGUUACAACUCAAUAUGAUCUUAUUCCUUUAACCGAUGGAUUCUAUUCAGGAUAUAAUAUGGAAAUCGAUCCAAGUAUGGACAAUGCCGUUGCUACUGCAGUGUUACCCUUUUUAUAUUCAAUGUUACCCUCACGAUUAGAAAGAUAUUCACCUAAAUUGGCCAUGCUUGGUACUCGAAAAAUGUCCGAAACUUAUUUCAAUCCAUCUGAUCUCUAUGAUGUUGCUAAAUUUGAUGAAUAUCUGAUGGGACUUAUUUCACAAAAUGCUUACCAACCCGAUGUUUUUGUCUCCCGUGAAUUAACAAAUAAUAUUGUCCAAGAACCAAAAGAAGGUCUCGAUUUGGUUGCAAUUAUUAUUCAACAAGGUCGCGAUCAUGGUAUUCCAAGUUACACUCAUGUCCGUCGAUAUUGUUCAAUUGAACCAGAAAUUCGUAAUUGGGAUGAUUUAACAACCAUUUUAAAUGUUACAAUCGUUCAAAAAUUGUCUACCGUUUAUAAGGAUGUUAAUGAUAUCGAUUUAUUUACUGGUGGACUUGCCGAAGCUUCACUUCCAGGAGCUAUUGUUGGACCGACUUUUGCUUGUCUUCUUGCUCGACAAUUUAAUGCAAUUCGACGUGGUGAUCGAUAUUGGUACGAAAACGAUUUACCACCUUCGUCCUUUAGUAAAGCUCAAUUAACCGAGAUUCGAAAAGCAAGUUUAGCAAGUUUAAUCUGCGCUAACGGUGAUAGUAUGGACUUCGUUCAACCUUCGACUAUGGUUUUAUCUGAUGCUUAUCUUAACGCUUUCCAAUACUGUUCCAAUAUUCCGACAAUAAAUUUUGACCCAUGGAAAACUGAAUCUUCCCAAAGUCGAAUACCUCAAGCUGUGAUGAAGGAGACACUUGAAAAAGCAUCAGUACAAAUUAACAAUUUACGACAAUUGGAAAGAUCUUCAAUAGGUCAAGGAGCUCCUCGAGGAAGUCCUCAAGCUGAACAUUUAGGUUUCGCUCGACCCAAAAGACAAGCAAUCGAAAUGGGCAACACAUCUUUUGUUCUUGAAAUAAUUUCCAACAAUUUAGUUCGAUCACUUAUCAAACGACACAAGGAUCGUGAAGUUGGACGAUCGUUAAAAUUUGCUUUAGAUGAUAUUAUGACCAUGUUACCUGAAAUCGAUCUUGCUGAACUUGGAGAUGCUCGACCAUUACCCGAAAUAGCAGCAUUAAGGUCAAGUGAUUGUUUCGAAGAGCCAACACCCUGUGACCAUACAACUCCAUUCCGUACCUACACCGGUUGGUGUAACAAUUUAAAAAAUCCGAUUGUUGGUAAUUCGCUGAAAACUUUUGACCGUUUCUUACCUUCCCGAUACGAUGACGGAAUCGCUUCACCUCGAAAAAAGACCAAAUCGGGUAAAAUAUUGCCCUCUGGUCGUUUAGUAUCAACCUCAAUGCACUAUGAUAUUAGUUCACCUCAUGUUCGUUAUGCUUUGGUCACUAUGCAAUUUGGUCAAUUUCUUGAUCACGAUCUUACCUUUACACCGAUGUACUUGGGUCCUGGUAACACAAUUUUAAAUUGUAAAUCUUGCGAUUCUCGAAAAACAGUUCACCCUGAAUGUAAUCCAAUUCUAAUUCCCAAAAAUGAUCCACAUUUUCCCUCCGUUAAUUCAACUACUGGUAAACGUCAAUGUUUACAUUCUGUUCGGUCGAUAAAUGGUCAAACUCGCCUUGGACCAAGAGAGCAGAUCAACCAAAUUACACCGCUACUUGAUGGGUCCAAUGUUUAUGGUUCUGAUCCUUGUGAAGCUCGUAUGUUACGUUCGUUAACCGGUGGUCGGCUUAAUGCAACCCGUCAUCCACUUCCAGGUCACAAAGAGCUACUACCACAAACCUCAGAGCAUCCUGAAUGUGUUGCACCUUCUGGACUUUGUUUCGAAGCGGGUGACGUACGAUCAUCGGAACAACCAAGUUUGGCCUGUAUGCACACCAUUUGGCUUCGUCAGCAUAACAAAAUUGUCGGAGAAUUGGCCUCAGUUAAUCCUCAUUGGGAUGAUGAGAAACUUUAUCAAACCGGUCGUAAGAUUGUCGGUGCGCUUCUUCAACGUGUCACUUACGGUGAAUUUUUACCUCGAGUCUUGGGUAUCGAUUAUUUGAACAAAUUUGGACUUGCCCUUUCAACCUCAGGUUAUCAUGAAGGUUAUGAUCCAAACUGUCGACCAGUUAUUUUCAAUGAAUUCGCGGCCGCUGUUUUCCGUUUUGGUCAUUCACUUCUUCGUCCAUCAUUCGCUCGUCUUGGUAGAACCUUUCGACCAGUUGAUGGACCACUUAAACUUCGAAGUUCCUUCUUCAAUUCAGACAUGCUUUAUUCAGCUGGUGCUAUUGAUAAUAUUCUCAGAGGAAUCAUUACAAAUAGUAUUGAGACUUUGGACAAUUCAAUUACCGAAGAAGUGACCAAUCAUUUGUUCGAGGAUCGAAAGGUUCCUUUCUCAGGAAUGGAUCUUAUUUCAUUGAAUAUUCAACGUGCUCGUGAUCAUGGAAUUCCUCCUUAUAAUGAAUACAGAGUAGCUUGUAAUAUGAGUCGAGCGAAAACAUUUGACGAUUUGUCGAAUGAAAUUUCACCUAAUCUAAUUUCACGAUUGAAAAAACUUUACGAGCAUGUUGAUGAUAUCGAUCUAUUCACUGGUGGUAUUUCUGAAACUGCUUUACAUGGUGGUUCAGUUGGGCCAACUUUCGGCUGUGUAUUAGGACUCCAAUUCCAACGAUUGAAACGAUGUGAUCGUUUUUGGCAUGAAACAAAUGAUCCAUUCAUACGUUUCACCGAAGCUCAGUUGAAUGAAAUUCGUAAAAUGAGUCUGGCCAAAGUGAUUUGUGACAAUUCAGAUUCAAUUGAUAUUAUUCAACGUCAUGUUAUGGAUCUUCCUGAUUCAUUCCUAAAUCCUCGAGUUCCAUGUUUAUCUUUACCUUCAAUUGAUGUAACUAAAUGGCGAGAUACUGGAGAUUCUUGUCUUAUGGCCGGUAAACUAAUCAAAACUGGCCGAUCUAUGAGACCCUCACCCUGUACCAUGUGUAUCUGUACAAAUGAAGGACCAAUCUGUCAUUCGAUUAAGGUGAAAAAUUGUUUCAAUCUAUUGACUUCAUAUCAACACAAUCAAAUCUUGGAGGAUAAUGUUUGUGCUGUUCAAUGUUCAUUUGCCAUGAAAGUUGCCAAACUUUCUUAAAUUAGUUUGCUCCAGAUUAUCAUCAUCAUCAUCAUCAGCAUCAUUUGCAUCAUCUCUCUCACUCUUAUCCAGAUGAUGAAAGAGAGAGAGAGGGAAAGAUGAGGAUAUUAAUGGACCUUUGGAUUAUCCAGAUAACUGUAAUCCUAAACCACUUCAUACUCAUUUAAAGUUAUCACUUGAAAUCUUGACAGUAUCUUGCCUUUAACAACUAUUUGCACCACUAUCAUUAUCAUUAUCAUCAUCAUCAUCAUCAUCAUCAUCCACUAUGAUUAACAAUCACCACCGUCAGUACAUAUGCAGUAUCUCAUCAUCAUCAUUGCCAUCAUCACCUUAUCAUCAUCAUGAUGAUGUUUGCAUGUCUCAUGUCAACAAAAAUUUACCUGUUUCCCUCCUCAUGUAUUACCAAUGAUAGAGGAUGAAGAAAAAAAUUACUUAAUUAUAUUGAGACUGAUUUUCACCUUUAUCCUCAUCUUAAUCAUUAUUGUCAUCUAAUUAUAUCAAUUACAUAUUCACCUCUCAUCACCAUAUCUAAGGGCCUCUUCUUUUAAUAUUAUUACAUUAUCAAGAGACCGUUUAUCUUAAUUAUCAUCAUCAUUAUCGAAACUGCCAAAAAAAAGCAAGGAUUGAUUACUCACAAUCAAUGACAAUCUAUUGUUUAUUGUUUAAAUAUCUUUGAUUACUUUGUCUACUGUCAACAAUUAACUUGAUCUGGAUUUGGAUGGUGGUGUUGAUUGUUAGGCCCAAGGAGAUAAUCAAGUUUAUCACUACAAGAGAAACGAAUUAUGAAUUAGAUUUAAUUUCAAUACAAUUAACUGAACAAUCAAAGAUGCAACAACAAAAAAAUCAAACUUAAUCAGAUAAACACACUUGUUAAUUUGAUCAACAAUUAGUUUAAGUAUGGUAAUCAUAAUUAACUAAAUUGUAUUAUAUGAUUAAUAUGAAAUUAAGAUUGAAUAAAAAGCAGAAAAUAAAACUCACAAUUAAAAUCA